CAUCAUAAGAAUUCCUGUUACCUUAUGAAAAUAAUAAUGAUAACAGUAACCAGUCAGUCAAUUAAUGCAAGUGAUGAUUGAGGAUACAUAAAACAUAUCCUAAAUAUCUUAGCCGACAAAGAUUUACUGCCUUAUCAAGAAGUUAACCACGUUCCUAGUUCCUCAAAAUCGCUCUUACGAUCAUUCCUUCAAACACAACAUUGUUCAGAGAUGAGCAGCUCAAGUACAUCUUUAACUUCUGAAGCUCGUGUUUUCUGGAGCAAACUAAAGUAAAGUGUCUUUUCGGUAUUAGACAUCUCAUCUAGAUCAAUAGUGAUGCAAUUUGCAGAGAUUACUAAACUUUCUGAAUCUGUAUCUCGAUUUCGCCAUAAACUGAAACCAACUAGAUUUCCAGCCACAUUGUCAACAUCUCUACUUGUUGAACGCCUGUAAAUGAGCUGUAAUAGCUGUGUUCUCAAAGAUCACUUUGCUCUACCACGGGAGUGUUCCAAUGCCAGAUACAUCAGCGAAUUAGCACAUAAUGAACAGAUAUUGAAAGAAACGAAAUUAAAACAAUUUUUAAUAAAAGAACAAAAACGAUCAAAAUUGUACAGGACCUUGGUCGCCAAAGUUAAUUCCAGUUGUAUUGAUGACAAACCUUUAUCUGCUUUGCCAGCUGAAAAAAUUCCUACUUUUUUGCCUCGCAAUGCAUCGUGUGAUACCACGAGUAGAGUAGAUUGUCAAACGUACAAUGUCAUUGGUGAUCACAGUGAAGUACUAGACAACUCAGAAAAGUUUUCGGCGCAAUCACCUAAACACGACAUUAGUCUAUCUAGUCGUACAACAAUAACAAAUACUACUACUCAUAAUAUUGAUAAAUACAUUGAAGAAAGUAUUGAUAACUUAUCAAAUCGUGCUAAGGAGUUAUCACUUCAUAGUUUCCCUUAUCUUGUGAAUAGUUUAAAACUAAAAACGUUUAGUUUAUAUGAACAUAAAGCUAGACAAUUGAGACAAGCAGUUGGAAGACGUGUUUAUUCAGAUGCUGAACGUAAAAGGGUCUGUGAUUUACGUCGAAAUAAAGAAGAUCUAAUUUUGUCGGAAAAUAUUAAAGCUAAAGCUGAAAAACAUUUUCGUAAUUUAAAAUCCAAUAAAACUUUAGAGUCAUCUUAUCAUUCCGAUAAAAAUUCAACACAGAUUAUAUCUACUAAUAAAAAUAAUUUGACAAUCAAUAUGCAUAACAAUCCAACUAAUGAAAAUAAACUUAACACUGAUCGGAAUCAAGUGUUGCAUAAAUCAGUAUUAUCCUAUUCAGAAAAUACUGAUUUGUUAAAUUGCAAUGAUAACAAAGAACUAAAUCAAGAACAAUCCGAACAUGAUGAUCAUAACGACGAAAUGGUUUCCUUAUGGCAUCGUUUAUCUAGUCGUCUGAAUAAAAAAAUCCCACCACUUUGUCUUUGUAUGCAAUAUUCUCAGGAUGAGAUCGAUGAAAUUCCACAGUGGUUGAAAUGUGCGAAUAACUGUACAUUUUAUCAUAAUCCAGAAGCUUUUUUGAAGGUGUUACUGGACUAUAUCCAAUCGCUAAACUUGUCAUAAGAUCGAAAAAACAAAUUCUUAUCAUAGUAAAUGGCUACAUUCUAUAACAUUCACAAAUUUCGGAUCAUAGCUACCAAAUUGCACUAGCUGAUUCUACUGGAAUACAAUAGAUUGAUUAGAAA